AUGCAGCGCAAAAGGAAAAAAUUUAACAAUAUAGAUGAAUAUACGAAUAUGGUAAUAAAGGAAGAAUUAACAGAGAGUGAUUAUCAUGAUGAUCUUACGUCUUCUUUCAAGCGAGCUAAGAGAAAUGGCAUUAAGUAUAUCAAGAAAGAAGAUGUCAUAAAAGAGUUUACUGUUAUACCUUCGAUUGGAAAGAGUCUUGCUGAAGAUAUGUAUAAUUUAGAUAUUAACUCUAUUGAAGAGUUGAAGAUGCAUCAUCCUGAUCAGAUGUACGCAAAAUUAAGAGCUCAAGCAGCAGCUCCUAUGUGUAGAUGUGUAUUAUAUGCUUUUCGCUGCGCUGUGUAUUACGCUAGUAUACCUAUCCAAUAUCACGAUAAACAAUUACUCAAAUGGUCGUCAUGGAGCGAUAAAAACGUACAAAAAUUGAACUUAAAUGAGAGAUUUAAGCAUUUAUUUUAA